UGCCCCACGAUCCAGGAAGGCACGAAGCGCAGGCAGAGGGGGGCUCCAGUCCGGCCGCCGCCACGACACACCGGUCCCGGCGAGAGCGAGAGACGGAGAUGGCGCUCACCAACUUCAUCGUGACGGCGGCGGUGGUGGGCGGGGCGCUGCUUCUCUUCACUACCGACGUACGGAAGUCCGGCGCCGUCUUCCGCCGCAACGCCCGCCAAAUCCGACAGUGGCUCGAGGAGGACACCGCCUCCGCCGCAUCCAAGUCUGCAAAAGAAGCAGUUCCGCCUCCCAAGAAGCUGGAUGGAGAGAUUCCCAAGGACAAGCCAAAGGAUCAUUGAAAUAGACCAUUUGGUCGCAUGAUAUGACUUUUGUCGAAGUUAGUCAACUUGUUCUACCCUUGCUGAGUGAUAGAGAUUUGUAGCUCAUAAGUAAUUGCAUGACUAAUAUGUUUCCAUUUUGAUAUAAGCAUUUUGGCGCUUGUGUAGAUGCAGAAUAAGAACGGAGCAACCAAAUUGGCUAUUAUUUUCUUCAUGACAACCUAUAUAUCUAGAGCGGUUUGAAGCUUU